AUGCUACAUCAAUUACCAGAAGAGAUUCUCAAAAAGGUUGGAUGUUUAUUAUUUCAAGAUGACGUGGUUUCACUUAUGCUUACAUGCUCAAGGUUUUACAAUUUGUUCCAACCACGUCUCUACUCUGUCAUUUGUAUUGAUGCAACACCAGAAUUAUUUCACAAUGACUCCCAGUCCUUGAAAGAGUUCAGUCACUAUUGCAACAUGUACAAAUUAAACGGAGAGUUUAUCCAAGCAGUAAAGAUAACUUCAAUAUACCUGCUCAAGGCAUUUUUCAAAAGCGUUGAAAACGAAAAUGCUCAAUAUGUAAAUAUGCUUAUGAUGAAUAAGUUGCCUGAUGUACCAGAUUUGGAAAUGUUAUACUAUUUGCAAAAAAGUUUACCGUUGAUGAGCCGACUUCAAGUAUUUGAAUGGUGGCAUGACAUUGACGUACCAUUGAGUUUGUUAAAAAACAACUCAAGGCUUUAUCGGAUUGGAGGGUUUAUUAAAAGUGAUAUGAAUGAAAACGAAUCUUUUUCAAAUUUGAAGGAAAUGGUUUUAACACGCGCUGUUGCAUCACCUCCAAAAGAUUUGACCAAAUUAACCUUGAGGAAUUUCGAUUUGAAUACUUUCAACUUUGAUUUUGGAAAGAUUAGAGAUUUGACAAUUGAAAAUUGUUGUUAUAAACGAGAUUACUUGUUAAAGCAAGAUUUGAAAAAUAUCGAACAUUUUGCAAUUGAUGUGGCUGAUGAUCCAAAAUUGAUCGACUUGGUCUCAACACUAAAACUCAAGACUUUAACGGUCAAGACGCGUACAAAUAUAAACAAGAUCUUAGCUUCGAACCAUGAUGUUACUUCCUUGCUGUUGAGUAAGAUCAACAUUGCUUAUUUAAAGCCCUUGGUUAAAUUUUCCAACUUAAAGUAUCUAAACCUCUCGAUUUUGGAGAAGGAUAUUUUCGAACUACUACCACAUAUCCCAUUGCAAGUCAAGUUCAUAUCGCUAAAUGUACUUGAAACAACAGAGAGAAACAAUUGCUUACUAGCCGAGGAGUAUUGGCAAUGCACAACAGACCAAAACAGACUAAAGUAUCAAGAUUUUGUUUUGGAGUAUCAUAGAAAGAUCAAUAUGCUCAACUGGAUAAUGUUUAAUGGAAACGGUAAACAUUAUGUCUUUGAAUGUAAUGAUGUUAGCCCUGUGAUAUAUAGAGAUGGGUUUGAAUCCUAUUUUGAAAAACUUGUAAAUACCCUUGUAUAA